AUGACAGAUGAAGAACAAACACCAGUUGAAAGGCAAAUUGUACUCUGCUUCGACGGCACGGGCAAUACCUUCCGCACCGACGGCACCGAGACUAAUAUUCUCCGAAUAUGCCGCAUGCUAGAGCGGACCGACGAGCAGUGCAUGUCCCCGUCCACCGGCAUCGGCACCCAGAUAACGCCCGGCUCCCUAGCAAGCACGACCAUCCGCCGCACUGGGCGUCUGGCGGGCUCAUCCCACGCAGUGGAUCUCGCCCUGGGACGAACAUUCCACCAACACGUACUAGGCGGGUACCGCUUCCUCAUGCGCCACUACCGGGCAUCGACACAAAUCUACGUAUUCGGCUUCAGUAGAGGGGCAUUCACAGCACGGUUCCUGGUCGAGAUGGUCGACUUCGUGGGGCUGCUCGGCCCCGACAACGAGGAGAUGCUCCCGCUAAUAUGGAAGGCGUUCAUGACGUGGAAGACACGCGGGUGCGACGCAGAGGCCAAGCGACGCGCGCUACACUUUGUGACCGAGACGCGCGAGACGCUGUGUCGGCCGACGAGCCAGCCCGUGCGCUUCCUGGGUGUCUUCGACACCGUAAACAGCAUUGCUGAUUUCCGGGUCGAUUUGCAGAUUAUUUCGAUGGCGCAGGUCACGCGCCAUGCUGUUAGUGUUGAUGAGAGGAGGGUGAAGUUUCGUCCUGUGCUGUUGAAGCCCAUGGGGACGAGGUGUCCUUGUGCGGGUCCGCUGGGGGGGUUGGGGCCAGAGCGCACGGCGUCGAGCUUGCUGGCUGCUUGGAAGAGGAAGAGUCGGGGGGAUGCUGCGGAGAGGCUGAAUACGGCUGUGCUGGGGAGUGCGGAGGAGCAGGAUGUGCAGGAGGUGUGGUUUCCUGGGGGGCAUGCAGAUAUUGGCGGCGGGUGUCAGCGGUCGGACGAGCGUGAGAAACACCAGUUGAGUCAUGCGCCGCUUGUGUGGAUGGUGCAGGAGGCGAGUCGGGCUGGGUUGAGGUUUGAUAAGGCAAAGCUGCGCCGGUUUGGCUGUGCCGAGGUGGCGGUUGGUGAUGAUGGUGGUGGUGGUGGUGGUAGGCAAGGUGUGGAUGAGAGCGUGGAAUUCCAUACGGCGCUGGAGGAGUCGAGCACCCGCGGAACACUCCACGAUCUCUUGUCGUUUGGGCACGGGCUGUCUCGCGCUUCUGUGCUUGCGUGGAGGGCGAUGGAGUACUUCCCUGUCAGGCGGAUUGACCUGCUGCCGCAGGGGAGGUGGAAGGUAGCACGGUGGCCGCCUCCCAGGGGCGCGGCUCGGGGCGUUCCCGAUGACGCCAUGAUACAUGUAUCUGUUAUUCGCAGGAUGAAGGCAGAUCCGGGAUACCGUCCGCAGAACCUACUGGGCAGGAGAGACGACUGUACGGGGAGCUUUGACGCUACAGAAUGGCAGAUUCAUGCUAGCAAGGGGGAUGCAGUGCGGGAAACAUGGACGAAGAUGCAUUAA